ACCAAACAAAUAUUUUCAACAGAAAUUGUUUUUACUAUGAUUUGUACACUUAUAAUACGUUAGUGAUAAAAUAAAUUGCACGUUGAUGUAGUCUAACUGGGAGUGACGAGCUAGGAGUCGCACUUAGGAACAUGUCAGGAUCACAGACACCUUCCACCGUCAGCACGGCCUCCGAGGCAGACAAAACCGCGACGCCGUCACAUGUGUCAUCGGUCUCCUCAUUCAAGUCGCCCACCUCGCUGCUGCCUUCUAACAAUGAUGCUGAGGCAGCGGCUGCAUCAGACAAUUCGCAGAGCUCCAGCGAUCAUAUUUCGAGUCGUACAAGCAGUGCAAGCGAUUACAAGAUGAGAGUGUUAUCGCCAAGUCACUUACUGGGGGUAAAUCAACCCGGUGAGAUGGAGGAGCGGGGAUUUGAUCUCCAACCUGUUCUUCCACCCAGCGAUUUGAUACCAGACAAUGAUUAUGAGGAAAAUGAUAACAAAAGCCAAAACUACCUACCUGUGCCUCCGUCCAGUGAAAGGCAAGGAAACACUAUUGCUAGUUAUAAAAAGCAUAGUGUUAAUAAACAGUCUCCAGUACUACAAUAUUACUCGUCAUCCAACACUGACACUGGUAAGAGAAACCCAACCAAUAAAACAAAGAGAUUAGGGCAUCGUGUGCAAAAAGCUAGCGACAAAACCAUAGAGGAAGACCUUCAGACAUCUACCUCGCAUCGCUCAGUCUCAGAUGGGAAACAUGCAAAGCGCAGUAGAAGUGCGGUCAACACUAUUUUGGGCUCUGAGUCUGGCGCAAGAAGGCUGCAUUUUAAACCUUUGGCUACCAGUGAUCUGCUCUUUACACGUGAACCAGUUGCUACACAGGGAGAUGAAACAAAAACACGUCAGCAAAAACCUGCAGUGAAAGAUGGCAACCCCACAUUAACAGUAGAGGAGUUGAGAGCCAGCCUAUACCAUAAAUUUCGUGAUCAAGGACUGUUGGACAAACUAAAGAGUCAGCUUCGGCACCAAGUCGUCGUCGGUCUACAAGAGAGCAUCCUGCGGCGGUCGCCGUUUGCCGUGGCGACCGAGGCGAUGCCUCUCUACCUGCGUGCGCUUAACAGUCUGGUGAUGUGUCACCUGCGAGCGCACGGCUACAGAUACACGGCUUCCGUGCUCGCCCCGGAGAGCGGCACGGCGGACGGGCUCACGACCGAGGACGUGUUCCGCAUUCUGGGGAUCGGGAAGAACUCGAAACUCUACACGCUGCUGAUGAAAGACUCAUCUAACGGAGUUCUUUGGGAGCUGCUGUCGGAGGUGGUGGAGCGUUCGGUUGAUGGAACAUCGGAGGCUAGCGUGCAGACCGAUCUAGCUCAGCCUGCUAAUUCCUCCACCUUACAUGAGAAGUUGCGCAUCGUGGAUGCACAUUAUGACGGGAGAAAGUCGGAGGAGCGUGGCGUUUGGAUGACAUCCGUGGAGGACCGCAUCCUGUCCUUCCAACGACAGCUGGAGGAGCGCUCACGCAGCGAACUGCAGUUGGAGGUGGCAAGGUUCAAGGAGAUGGAGCUGACACAGAUGAGACUGCUUGAACAGGAGAAGUGUAGGAAGGAACUUGGUAAUGCUAGACGAGAGAUGGAAAUCCUCUAUCAGUCAAAGUGCGAUGCACUCGCUACUAGGGAAAAGAACCUGGCUGAGCAAAUUCAAAAGGAACAAGAGAUGUUGAGCAAAGAUGCGUAUGCGCAGAGGCAGAAAAUCCUGGAGGAAAUUGAUACUCUGCGAGAGCGGGAGACACAGAUGAGACGUGAGACCGAGGGCCAUGCAAGGGAGAUUGCGCUUGAGAAGGACAAGUUGAAAUCGUGGGAGGAGCAGCUGCACCAGAGGGCGCUGUCUAACGACAAGGCACAGCUGCAGCUGGCGCAGAGGCUGGAACAAUGGAAGCUCGGCUACAAGCAGGAGCAGCAGCAGAAGUACGCCGAUAGAACGUGCACACUGGAGGCGUCAGAGGCCCGGGUCAAAGAGGACGCGAGACGGGUCAAGGCAGAUGAGGAUGAACUCAGGCGAGCUAAGGAGGAAGUGAGAGAGCUGAGCGAGCGGAUAGCCCAGCUCGAAAUGCAGCUGUAUGAAGCGAAGUCAGAGAUGCUGACUGCUUCCAAAACCAGUGAGGCUCUAGGUGACAAAGUCAGAGAGAUGAUGGAUUACAAGCAAGUUAGACUGGAGAAUGCUGUACUGAAGAACGAAAUAGAACAUCUAAAGACGAAGCUGGCAGAAGAGCAGUCAUAUCGCGAGCUCGAGAAAACUGAUCACGGCCGGGUCGUGAAGGAACUGACGGAGAAGCUAACGAAGCCAUCGUCGGAUGCAGUGAUGAUGCAGCGGGAGCUGGAGCGAGCGCGGGCCGAGCACAGACAGCAGCUAGCUCUGCUGCAGUACCAGCAGCAGCAGGGCGACUCCAGACUACAGGAGGAGCUGAACAGAAGCAAGGAGCUGAUCAAGAGAUACGAGGCGCAGUCACGCGACGCGAGACGUCUCGCGCGCGAGGCAGACGACCUGCGCUCACAGCUGCAGCAGACGCAGCUUGCACUACACAACACCGUGAGAGGUGGCGACCCCAUCGUGAACGAUCGCGACCCCAUCGUGACCGAUCGCGACGCCAACGUGAGCGGUGGCGCCCCCACCGCAGAGCACGUGUUCGAGAGGACGGCACCCAGGGUGUCAUUUCUUGACAGCUACCUCACGGAAGCACAGGCGUCACGUCACAGAUUCUACAACUCUGAGAUGCCAUCUCAUCGCCCGGCCAACAGAGGACCGUCUGCACACAUAGGUGGCGCCACGCACGAUGGCACUGACGGCGAUGGCAACGACAACAGCCUGUCGUCUGACAGCUCCUUACAGUUCAUACAGGAGGCAAAGGAGCGACUUCAGGCACUGACCGGUGACGACGAGCUGGUCGAGCAGCGUUUCCGUGACUACCAGUACAGGGUCAUGGAUCCCCACUCGCUGCCAGCAGAACCCCACGCCGCCUCCUCCUCCUCACAGGGCCUCCCCGCCGCACGCAGGGACGACCGCCCUUACCGCGCCGGCCACACGUCCGAACACUACCUGUCCGUCACGCCGACGAAACUACCGGCAGGUGGCAGCACGUGCCCCGGCGAAGCGGCGCAGGUCUCGCUGCGCUACGGAGAUGUGAGGUUCCUCGACAACAAUGUUGCGCCAUGUUCUGCCCGGGGAGAUCACGCACCGUCACGCGUCGUUGCCGCCGCCGCCGCCACCACGGCAGGGGGCCAGCGUGUGCUCACAGUGCAAGAUCCACUCACUCGCGAUCAAGGAUCCAGGUUCGAUUCUGGCUUGUCAGCGGUGUCUUCUCACUCCCGAGGUUGCAAGCAGCCACAAGCAGGUGGCAGCACCGUGCAUCAGCAAGCGGAACUAGGCGACGACCCCGCCGAGUCAGCGUCGACAUGUGUGAGGAAGUCAUCAUCAUCAGCAGCAGCAGCACUAAUAACACCAGCAGCAGCACUAAUAACACCAGCAGCAUCACCAGCAGCAUCACCAGCAGCAGCAGCAGCAAUGACUCCGACAGCGUCAGCAUCUGUUGGUAAUCGCGAGGCCGGCGGCGUGCAGUCGGCGGGGCGAGGGUGGCGGGAGCAGGAGAGUCGCGGCGACAGCGAGGGAGACACCUCCGACACGCUGACAUUCGGCACGGCGGCCGUACGACCGCGGCAGCUGCCGACGAAGCAACCGCGGCAACAGCAAGUGCCGGCACUCGACACUGCGACGGGUAGACAGGGAUCUGCAGGAGGAGACAGGAAAGAACCAGCAGGAGGAGGAGGAAACACGAUCGCUCCCGCGGAGGUUGACUCGUGUGCUUCCCGCGGAGGAGAGAGGUCCGCCGGAGGCACGCUCGCCCGGGAAUCUUCCGGAACCGUGCUCCCGGAAGCGGACUCCGAUUCCGACUCGCUCUCGUUCGCGACGUAUCUGACGAGGCGAUUCCGCGGGAAAACGGCGACCCGCACCGGGGUCGCUCCGCAGGCGCCGCCGGUUGCCGCGGCGAUCGCCAAACGCGAGGAGCCAACGGAUGCUGCGCCGGGCGACGGGCUGAUGAGGGUAAUCGGGAGUCUUCCGGUCGAGCUGGGCUUCACGGGAUCUCGCGAGACGGACGCGGACGCGACGCAGGGACGCGACGCUCCUGCGUCUCCGCAGACGCGUGCGCGCACGGACGACGACGUCGACGAUAGGGGCGGUGCUAGCCAGGUGGCGCCAGCUGUCGUGAUAAGAGGUAUCGGAGAUGUGCGAGGUGCAGUGGGAGAGGUGACGGAGGUGCAUGAGGCACAAACAGAAAAAAGUGUUGAGAUGCAUGAGCCACAGACAGAGAGAAGUGCAGAGGUGCAUGAGGCACUGACUGAUAAAAAUGCAGAGAUGGGCGAGGCACAGGUAGAAAGAGACGUGCACUUACGCAAAGCACAGACAGACGAGAGUGCGGAGGUCCCUCCGGCACAGACAGCGGGGGAACCAGCCGAGGAACGUACAGAGAGAAGUGGCGAAUCGUCUGAACCGCAGCUACGGCGUGGUGCGAGGGAAGAGCCGGCUGCUGUAGAGGAGGUAGAGAUCGGUGUUAGGGAUCCCCUGGAAGACGCCGGGAUAGAUCCUGUUAUGAAGAAGUACAUGGCGAUGGUGAUCCAGCAGCGAGAGCAGGAAGCCAAGGAGAAGAACGAGGCAAGCCCACAACAGUCACAACACACAGAUCUCGAUUUGACUGAAGACCUAUCUAAAAGUGAUGAUUUCUGGUGAUGGAUGAAGAAUUCAAAAACUUUGCCGCAGUGCUCUCUGCGACUAAACUACCCAAUAAGGUUACGCGACAUGGCCACAGCCACGUAACAUGCAACCUGUGUGCAGGAAGAUCCUGAUGGGGUACCCCAAAUCUCAGUUCACAGUAGAUACAUUGGACAUUGUUUCAGCUCGCAGUAAAUAUGCAGGUCCACGUCUCACCAAUGUGCGUUCGUUAACGUUCUAAAACUAGCCGAAACCGACUGGUUUAAAGAAUCCGUAUCAAAAAUCGAAGCAAAACAAAAAUCACAAGUGAUGAUGAAAAAAUUUACCUAUAAUCUAUAUAAAAUGCAUCCAUUUUACGGCAAUAUUAGUACUCUAUCAGCCCCCCCCCCCAUACAUGUAGGCACAGCCGCACAAAAGAGAGCACGAGCAAGGGCUGACUCACACUCACUGCCCACCGCAAAGUUACUCGAUACUCAUUGCCUAGAGGAGCGAGCUCUAGUUACUAUUAGGCCACCGCUGUGGUAACUCGAGUCUAGAGCUACUACUAGUACUAGUUGGCAGGACUGCCCAACCUCAUUGUGGACAGAGGACAGUAAACAACCGUGGCGCUAGCGGUAACGAAGAGGAACAGCAGACGACGCGGUUAGCCUCAGGAAAUCCGAAAAGCUCUCGAAUUACGGACCGCACACGAGCAGGAAUCGCACUCGCUAUUGACGCCAUUGUUUAGACUUGUAGGCAAUAAUUGUCUAUUAUCUGCUACUGAUAAUACACGCGGUGACGUGGAGUGAUUUCAUUUCUAACGCCAUAUGGUCGCAGCUAUACCGUCGGCGUCACGAUCCGAGUCAUGAUUAUCCUAUUACUACUACCAGGAGCGUAUAAUGACAAAUACGUCCUUAUACGUCCUUAAUGACAAAUACGUCCUACAAAUCUGUCAUUAUACGCUCCUGCUACUACUAUACCACUCACACGUAUUUUAGGUUAUUCGCAUUUAUAAGGCGCGUUUCUCCGCAUUUUCCUCCGAAAUCUUAGGUAAGGGCUGCCGCCCUUCACCACCCUACGUGUGCUAUGGCCUUGGCUUGUAUGUAAUGCUGAGAGUGGAUCAAUUGUAAGGCCUAAACGGCCCAUGCACAUUCUUGAUCACAAUAGUAAACGCGAUCGUCUGGUGUGCGUCGAUUGGUCCAUUAGGUAACGCGCACCGCGUUCUCUAUAUAGAGUCCCCAAUAUAGUCACAGGUUUACUCUAUCAAGUCGCUCAUGUGCAAAGCGAGAAACUAACAAUGUGCCUUAAGUGUGUUUAGCGCAUUACCCUUGCCACUAUGUAUUAUAUAUAUAUAUAUAUAUCAAGAAAUUAUGGACUCUUGAUAUAUAUAUAUAUAUAUGUGUGUGUG